AUGUUUUUGACGGGGCAAAAUCAGCAGGCAUUUCUGUACGGGCUUUUCGUACUAGUGCUGACUGUACAAGUGAUUUUGCUGACCAGACACACGGAAAAUGUGGAAGAGAAUAAGAAACACAAAGAAGUGAAGGUGGAACAGAUCAGUAGCCGCGAGGGAAGUUGUAAAGGGCUUUUAUGGGAAAGAUACACUGGAUCAAUUUGGCCCAUUCCAAAAAUCCGAAGAGAAGAAAAAACCUUCACUUUUCUCGACAAAAAUAUCUUCAUUGAGAUCAAGAAAGAGUGCGAAAUACUUACAGAACGACUUCUCUACUACGAAAAUCUCUUGAAAGAAUACACUGGGAAAUGUUUCAUCUCGAAUUCGGGCGAAGAAAAGACAUUUGCAAGCUUCGAAGGCUCUGACAAGGUCGCAUCGAAAAUUUCUGUCAGUUUCAAGAGCUGUUCUGAGUGGCCAAGUCAGGAAAUGAAGGAAGAGUAUAAGGUCACUGUCAAAAAUGGAGAGGUGAAAAUUGAAGCGGCUGAAAAUUGGGGAAUUCUUCAUGCGCUAGAAACGGUGAUACAGAGUAUUAUUGUUGAGGAGGAGAAACCGGCGAUCAAGGAUGGAAUAAUUGAGGAUGCUCCUAGGAAAGCCGGGAUGUCGAUGAACAAACUCAACGUUUUUCAAUGGCACAUUGUCGACCGCGAAUCUUUCCCAUACAUGGGCAAGAAAUUCCCAGAACUGGCUGAAAAGGGGGCUUUUUCGAUGAACCACAUCUACACCAUCAAAGACAUCAAAGACGUAAUUGAAUACGCACGAGUUCGAGGAAUCCGAGUUGUUCCCGAAUUCGACUCGCCUGGCCAUGCAGAUGCUUGGGCAAAGGGUCGACCGGAAGAUUUUCUAGCGGCGUGCAACGGAUAUGCGAAUGAAAUGACGAAAAGAUCGAUGGAUCCAAGCAACGAAGAAACUUACAAGCAUUUUGACGAGCUCUGGGGAGAGUUAAGAGAGGUGUUUCACGAUGAGUACAUUCAUCUUGGAGGGGAUGAGGUGGACUCAACCUGUUAUAAGCAGAAUGAGAAGAUUGCAAAGUUCAUGAUGAAGAAAGAUAUAAUGCGGGAAGAAGAUUUACAGCAAUAUUGGAAUGGGCGAUUAUUUGAAAUUUGCGAAAAGAACAAAUUCAAAUACAUGGUCUGGGAGGAAGCUUGGUACAAUGGAUUUCCUGAAGACGAGGAGCUCGGAUUGAACAUAAAAGAAAACUCAAUAAUUGGGAUUUGGAAGGACUUUGCUCAGUGGGACUGGAAGCAAACUCUCAUGAAAACGACUUCAGGCGGUUAUAAAUCAAUCUUGCUGGCUCCGUGGUAUCUCGACUGGGGACAGAACUGGGACAUCUCUAAUAAGGGUUGGGAAUAUUUCUACAGCGUGGAUAUGGAGAAGUAUCCAGUCAAGCCUGAGCUGAAGGAAUUGUUCAUUGGUGGCUCUGCGGCGUUAUGGGCAGAAUAUGUUGAUGCUACUCAAAGCUUGUCACAAACAUACCCUCGUCUAAGCGCUACUGCCGAGAAGCUCUGGUCUUUCGAUACCAAAAGCACCCCUGGAGAAAACGAGUUUACACGCCUUGCGGAUUUUCGUUGCAAAAUGAUGUCACGUGGAAUCCCUGUAGCUGCAAGAAUUACAUUCAAAAAGCGACCAGAUAGAAUGUACUGGAAUCAUUGCCAGAAGCCCUUCACGAAAAAAAGAGAGAGAAUCGAUCAUUUAUUCGAAAUCAAUAAAUUCAUGGCAGAAGCAGCUAAAGUCAAUCCAAAACCUGGAAAAAUCGACUGGAAUGAAAUUCUCGACAAGGCAACAAAACGAGCGCUUGGAUCUGGCGGCGCUGGCGCCUCCGCCAUGGUGGUGCAGGUUUGCUCCCUGAUGUGGAUGCGCACAAUCAUGAACUAUCAAUACCGCUAUGGAACUUCAACCGCUGAAGCUGCUAGACUUCUUUACAAACAAGGAGGAAUCCGGAGAUUUUACAGAGGAGUUGGGCCAGCUCUGCUUCAGGGACCGCUGAGUAGGUUCAGUGAUACAGCCGCCAAUGCGGGAAUGCUGACAAUAAUGAACAACCAUCCCGCCUUUAUCGACCUUCCUAUGACCGUCAAAACCGUCGGUGCUUCAGCAGCAGCUGCAUCGAUGCGAGUUGCCUUGAUGCCAAUCGAUACGCUAAAAACAACAAUGCAAGUUGAGGGCAAAGACGGGCUAAAACUGUUGCGUCAGAAAGUUGCGAAAUCACCCACAGCUUUGUGGCAUGGAAGCAUGGGCGCGAUGAGUGCUACGUUUGUUGGUCACUAUCCGUGGUUUGCCACGUACAAUACGCUUCAAGAAAAGAUUCCAACGCCAGAAGGAACUGCUCAAAAGCUCCUUCGAAAUGCCGGAAUCGGUUUCGCUGCCUCGCUCGUUUCUGAUACCAGUUCUAACUCUCUUCGAGUUCUCAAGACGUACCGACAAACAAAUGCAGAAAAAAUUGGCUAUGCUCAGUGCGCCAAAAAUAUCAUCGAAAAAGAAGGACUCGUUGGACUUUUUGGCCGUGGACUCAAAACUAGAAUUCUCACCAAUGGAAUACAAUCAAUGAUGUUCAGCGUAUUGUGGAAAUAUUUUGAAGGCAAACGAUCAUAA